AUGGGUAAAACCCCCACACAGCUGGUGACCAGAAGUGUCACAAGACUUCUACAACGACAAGUUAUAGCUGGAAGGCUGUGGUCCAAGGCCAUUUUUGCUGGCUAUAAACGGGGUCUCCGGAACCAGAGGGAUCACACAGCUCUUCUUAAAAUUGAAGGUGUUUAUGCUCGAGAUGAAACUGAAUUCUAUCUGGGCAAGAGAUGUGCUUAUGUAUACAAAGCAAAGAACAACACGGUGACUCCUGGUGGUAAACCAAACAAAACCAGAGUCAUCUGGGGAAAGGUAACUUGUGCCCAUGGCAACAGUGGCAUGGUCCGUGCUAAAUUCCGAAGCAACCUUCCUGCUAAGGCCAUUGGACACAGAAUCCGUGUAAUGCUGUACCCCUCGAGGAUUUAAACUUAACUGAAAAGCAAAUAA